AUUGCUUUAUUGCUCUGUUUCCUCUACUAAUGUUUUUUCUCAUCAUCCUGCUUUAUUUCACCCCGGCGCACACAGACAAGCACGAUUUGUUCGUUCAAUGUACACAGUGGUUGAGCGGUUUCUGGGAAUGUCUGGGCCCGAUAUUGGGUGCUCAAGGGUCUGACUGUCUGUUUCGAGAUACCCUUCUUUGCUCUUUUUCCUUGGUUGUUCAUUAUUCUCAUAUCUUAUUUUCCUUGUCUUUUGCAAGAUGGUUAUCAGCACACAAUACCCGACCGUUUCUCUGGUCAUUGGAAAUGGUCUUUCCUCGAACAGCAGCCACUUAGUUCCUCAGUUUUAUAGGGUCCGGAAUUUACGGCCGUAUACCUUUCACAUCGCAUCAGCGUCCUCUAUCUUUAACUCAGCCUGUGAGGAGUACGGAGUAAGGGUUAACGGAUGUCAGGCUAUUGCUACUUUACCCGCCCUCUUCGCCGUUACCAAACGGUGGACGACGUGUCUGCCAGCGCCACUGCGACCUCGAAUCUUCGAUUGCUUUUUCCUGCCCUCCCUCCGACGUUGGAUACGUGUGGCGGUGCGCCGAGACGCGGCGUCAGACUAUGAAUUUGGGUGCGUCCCGGCAGAUGUGCUGAUUGACCGCCGUUUGCCGGCGGACUGCACGCCGAGACUUCGACCAAGAGGUCGGUUCACGAACUUGACUCGGCAUGUUCUCCACCGAGUCAUGGGUCCAUUUGGUGCAUCACUUUUCGCAAUCCUACAUCAUCAUCGUUAUCUGAAUCAUCAUCCCAGGGGAUCUUCUAUCCCAAUUGCUCUGUUUGAUCCCUCAUAUCUCGGAAUAUCUCGUCUCUUGACCUGACCGACAAGGGACGAAAACUCGCAACGGCCGCUAGAUCCUUGUGAUCUUCUCAUUACUCUAUCCUUCGCCUCUUUGCACCGGCAAUGCCGAAGGGAAAUUUGGAUGUUCAGCUUCCUGCCGAGACGAAGGAAUGUAUUGCGUGUUGUUGAUGCAUGUGAGAAAGGACGAUUGCUUCUGAGUCAUCUUGGCGUUUCGUUUGAGCACGAGUUACUUGAGGAUCGAGAUGAUUGUGAUGCCUCAAAUUCUGACCCUUUCUUCGCGAAGAAAGAUA